UAAUACACGAUCGGAUUGUGGUACUUGCCAGUUGUGCGAAGUACGCGUACCAACACAGACCACAUCGCGAAUGUAACUCUGUGGUUUUUGUUUUGGUUCGCAUGUUAGAAAGUGGUGUUUUGUUUCAAUUCAAUUUACUUGCAGUUGGAUACCUCUUGCAUAUUUGUUUAAAGUUAUGACGGUAACAAUUUGCGCCAAACACGACAUCCAGAAGACCGACGAUAAUGACAAUGAAACCUGCUGUACAGAAAAGGUUUGCGGCCAUCAUGACCAUACUGAAUCACUGUUGGAGGAUCUAGACUGCAAAAAUGAAAAAAGUGACGACGACAGCAAGUUUUCUUACGAAAAAUGUAGGCGAUUACUUACCUACGAAGAAGCACCCGAAUAUAUCAAACAUAAUAUCUACAUCUUAAAGGGAUACAGAGGCAUAUUAGACACAAACAUGUGUAUAGAAAGUGUUAUGUGGUGGACAAAUGAGACAAUCAACAUAUGGUCGCAUAUAUUUGGAUUGGCUCUCUUUGUAGCGCUGACGAUACAGGAUCUUAUAUUUUUGAGGAUACAUGCUUCAAUUAGUGAUAAAUUAAUUGUUGGAGCUGUAUUAAUUUGCUUCCAGACAUGUAUGUUUUUGUCAUCCCUUUACCACACCUUCAACUGUCGUUCAGAAAAAGAUUGUGAUUUAUUUUUGGCAUACGAUUUAUUUGGUAUCGCAUUAUCUUUGUUGGCUAUUUACACGUCUGGUAUAUACUAUGCUUUCUGGUGUAAUCAGGACUUACAAUAUUUUUAUUUAAUAACAGUUACAUUGAUAUUUAUGUUUGCCAUGAUUCUUCAAGUACCAAGUUUCAAUGUAAACAUGUACGUAAAAAUGAGUGUUUUCGUUGCAUGGGCUGCGUAUGGAGUUAUCCCGACUCUUCAUUGGAGUUAUCUAAUGGGUGGCUUUGACAACCCAAUCGUAGCAUUACUUCUGCCUAGAGUAUUGGGCAUGUAUGGAAUCAGCGGAACAGCUUUCUUUAUUUACAUAACAAAAAUCCCGGAGAGAUUUUCUGCAGGCAGAUUCGACUUUAUAGGACAUUCUCAUCAAUGGUGGCAUUUCUUUGUUGUUGGUGCACUGUAUUAUUGGCAUAAUACUGGCAUGAUGUACGUGGAAUACAGGCUAAAUCAUGCAUGUUCCAAUCAUAUGCGAUUACCAUAGUUUCAUACUGAUUAUCUUCUUUAUGACAUAUUAGGUUUCUAUUUAAUUACAAUUUUAUUUAAGUGGACCAUUCCGUUACAAGAGAAACUCUUCUUUAGACUCAAUAGUAAUAAAUUUGUUAUAAAAUAGUACUUAUAUUUUAUAAUUAAUCGUUUGGAACAUAUGGAUUAUACGCCUACACCAAUUAUAAAAUUAUAUUUCCUUCAGUAAAUAAAAGUACAAACAUUUUUAAAAUCAGUUUUCAACAUCUAGUCCUUCGCAAAUGAUGUCAGCAAAAAUUAUUCCAUUUUCCCCCAUAUUUUAUAGUAGUUAUCAUAAUCACGAUAGAUAGUGGGUUUUUGUUUAAUUGUAUCUGUGAUACUGGAUUACUUGUAAUGCCUGUACAUUAUUCUUAAUAUAUAUUUUUUGUUAA